GUGGGCACCGAGUCACCAGGCACAACAGUGGACUCUGAGUCAAUUGGCACGACAGCGGGCACCGGGGUCAUCUGGCGCUGGAUCGUCUGGCUCGACAGCGGGCAUCGGGUCACCAGGCAUGACAGCAGGCACUGGGUCAUCAGGUACCGGAUCGUCUGGAUCGACAGCGGGCACCGGGUCAUCUGGCGCUGGAUCGUCUGGCUCGACAGCGGGCAUCGGGUCACCAGGCAUGACAGCGGGCACUGGGUCAUCAGGCAUUGGAUCAUCUGGCUCGACAGCGGGCAUCGGGUCACCAGGUAUGACCGCGGGCACUGGGUCAUCAGGCAUUGGAUCGUCUGGCUCGACAGCGGGCAUCGGGUCACCAGGCAUGACAGUGGGCACCGGGUCAUCAGGUACCGGAUCGUCUGGCUCGACAGCGGGCACUGGGUCAUCAGGCGUGAUAGGAUCAUCAGGCUGGAUCAGCUGGGUACAGACAUCAGGCUGAAGUGCGGGUGCCGAGGCACC